AUGGAGCUCCCCGAGUGCCCCGUUUGUCUCCAACCCUACUCCCUCGGCGGCGACGGCGGUGGCGGAGGUGGCGGCGCCUCCUCCUCCUUCGGCGGCGGCGCAGGCGCCGUCGUCCCCCGCGUCCUUGCGUGCGGCCACUCCGUGUGCGAGGCGUGCCUCGCCGCGCUCCCCCCGCCGCCGCGCGCCGCCUCCGGCGCCGGCACCGAGGCCGCCGACGCGCUCCGUUGCCCCGAGUGCGCCCAGCUCGUGCCCUUCCCCCGCUCCCUCGGCCCCUCCGCCCUCCCCAAGAACAUCGACCUCCUCCGCCUCAUCCCAUCCUCCUCCUCCUCCUCCUCCUCCUCCUCUUCCUCCAACCGCAGAAACCCUAACCCUCCCAAUCACCCGCCCCCCAGUCCCCCGCCACACUUCCUUCCCCUCCCCUGGGCUCGCUACCCCCUCUUCUCCUCCUGUAAGCACCUCAUUCUCCCUCAUCGAUCUCUCUCGUCGGCUGCUUCGUCUUCUUUCUCAUCGUCUCGUGGUAACCCCUGGUUUUGCCGGGACAACCAAGCUGUUUCUCUCCUGCCCAUCAAAACCUCACCUUUUAGUUCCGAUUCGGAGCAAUCCGAAUGGUUCCGGCCGAGCUAUGUAACACAGGUCGUGGAAGCACUUGAUAAGUUGGGAGAUCGGGCGAGGGACGAAUUGGGUUUUCUUAUAGAGGCUUCGUGGAAGCCACGGAGUGGGUUGUGUAGGGUUUUUGGGUUGUGGAUGGACAUCGAAGAGGAAAAAUCCCAGCUUUUCUUGGUAUCGGAGAGAUUUGAUCUUGGAAUGGGGGAUUUGAUGAAGGAAGAGAGGAAGAAAUUUGGGUUGCUUCGUUUUGGGAUAAUUGGUUUGGAAUUAUGUGAGGCUGUGAUGGGUUUGCACUCGGAAGGGAUUGUUUGUGGCUGCUUGAGUCUUAGUUGCUUCUGUUUUGAUGAUUAUGGCCACUGUUUACUUGAUUUAAGCAAAGUUUUAUUACUAUGUAGGAGGAUUUGGGAGUUGAAUCAUACCAAGACAGAAGAACUUGUGGCCCCUGAGGUGUUGCUUUUAUUGCAUGACAAGAAUCAUACAAAGGAUAGAGUGGUCGAUGGAUCUGUUGGAUAUGGUUUGGAUGUUUGGUCAUUGGCCUGUGUUCUUAUUAUGCUUCUUACUUGUGAUGCCCACCUUGCUGUAGAGCUUAAUGAAGGCUUGAUUGGUUUGACUGAAAAAGGAAAGCGUGAAGAAUUUAUCGAACUUUAUGAUGGUUGGAAGAAAAAGGUGGUUGAUAAGGUGGAAGAAUUAUUAGUCAGCAGGGAGUUUGAAUCAUUGGUUCGGAUGUUCGAUUCAUGCUUGAGUUAUCAACCGGAAAGCCGUCCUCAUGUGAGUGAUGUGUGGUAUUGCUUUCGAGGUCUGUUUGGCAAAACUUGCCUUGAUGAUCUCGUUGAUUUAGAUGCCUUUGGGGCAAAGGAGAGUGUGAGAUGUUGCUUACUAAACAAUUUAAGUUCUCUGGGUAAAGAAGGUAGAAAUGUUCGGUGUAGAGAAGAAAAUGGUAACCUCUCCAGAGAUGUUUCUGGUACAGAUUUGGAAGAAAGUGGAGAACACGGUGAAAGAGACGAUGAUCAUCACAAGGAGGAGAAAGUUGAUGGAGAAUCUAAUAACUCGAUUAAUAGUGGUGGUUUUAAGUCGGUCACUCUUCAGGGUCAUCGUGACUGCGUUACAGGAAUAGCUGUUGGAGGUGGGUUCCUGUUUAGCUCCUCUUAUGACAAAACUAUCAAUGUUUGGUCCUUGCAGGAUUUCUCUCAUGUGCAAUCUUUGAGAGGUCAUGAGCAUAGGGUCAUGGCCAUACUCAUCUUGGACUUCGCAGGCCAGACACUCUGCGCAAGUGGUGAUAGCGGCAGUGGCAUUUUCCUUUGGAGUGUUACCAUCCCUCUCAUGCAAGAACCAUUGAGGAAAUGGUAUGAGCACAAUGAUUGGCGGUAUAGUGGGGUCCAUUCCUUGGCCUUCUCUGGGACAGGUUACCUCUACACUGGAAGUGGUGACAAGUCUAUAAAAGCAUGGUCCAUGCAGGAUUACUCCCUUCAAUGCACUAUGACAGGUCAUAAGUCAACUGUAUCUUCUCUAGUGGUAGCUGAUGGGGUACUUUAUAGUGGAAGUUGGGAUGGUACCAUUCGGUUAUGGUGGCUGAGUGAUCACAGCCCUUUAUCAGUAUUAGGAGAUGAUAAUACACCGGGAAGUUUCUCCCCCAUUUUGUCACUUUCAGCACAAUCUGGUUGGGUCAUUUCAUCCUAUGAGAAUGGUUUUAUAAAGAUAUGGAGGAAUGAUGUGCUCCUGAGGGCAGAGAAAAUCCACAAUGGAUCUAUUUAUGCACUCCAAAUGGAUAAUAACUGCUUUUUUACCGGAGGAUGGGAUAAACUUAUCAAUAUUCAGGAAUUGUCAGAAAAUGAGUCAGAAGUGGAUUUAAGAAAUAUUGGCUCAAUUGUUUGUGAUUCAUUUAUUACUUCUCUUCUGUAUUGGCAAGGGAAGCUAUUUGUCGGGCUUUCAAAUAAGGAAAUAAAGGUGUACUACUAUGGGUCUCAAUGAAGAAUUCAACGCUCAGCUAUGGUUCAUAAAUCUAUCAAUAGUUUGUUAAAAUUGUUCGAAGCUACGAAUGAAUCAGUUUAACGCAACUGGAUGGAAUCAAACAAUUAGGCACUUCACACUUGACAGUAAAUAGGGGCUUUUUUUGAAAAUGAUCCUGUAGAAUUUUGUAAUUGGCAAAAUGACCCUCUAAAAAUUUUAUUUGUAAAACUAACCCUUCUUUCGCCA